AUGGGUAUGAGGAAAUUAAUCGAAGUCAUAGGAGCCAUUGGCACUACGUAUUUAGGUCUUCCUCGAAAAGCACUGGUGUGUGAUGCGGGUUCAGGUUAUGGCUGGAGUAUGAGAAACAAGCGCAGCAGAAGGUUUCACGUGUUAUAUAAUCAGAUUCUUGCAGAGCCUGUCCCUGAUGCAGAUAGGGGAACUGAUCUGGUUCUGGGGAAGCAAGGAGAGGAUGAUUUCUCGGAUAAGUUAUGUACUGCAAAGACUUGGGAGCAGAUAAGGAUCAAGAAGCCAAAGGUUGAAUGGUGCAGGGUCGUUUGGUUCACGCAGAGUGUUCCUAGGUACGCAUUUAUCACUUGGCUAGCAGUACAGAACAUGCUGUCUACUGGAGACAGGACGAGGAGUUGGGGUAUCACGCAGGGUUGUGGACUCUGUGGAGAGUGGGACGAGACAAUAGAUCAUCUCUUUUUUGCUUGUCCUUACUCAUUCACAGUUUGGGAAAGUCUGGUGAGAGGCUUCUUUGGCCAGAGGACAAACUCCGACUGGACCCUCACACUCAAUGCGAUCCAGCGAAACAGGUUGAAUCGUCUUGAUUCCAUCCUAAUCAAGAUGAUCUUUCAAACAGUCAUUUACUAUGUAUGGAGGGAAAGAAAUACGAGGCGACACCAGGGUAAAUGGACAUCCACGGACCAGCUGCGAAAGGUUAUUGAUAGGUCGAUGAAGAACAGAAUCGUGUCACUGAAGUAUGGUCCGCAGCAUCGAAACGCUGGACUUCUGCAGAGAUGGUUUCAGCUCACCGGCUAG